CGCGGAGACUAGAAAUGGAAUUUGCAGCCGGAGAGACGUUUCGUCGGAGGUCUCACUGACCCAACCAUGAACCAGGCAGUGCAGAAGAACACCCUUUACGUCGGAGGAUUGGCGGAGGAAGUUAACGAAUCCAUCCUCCACUCCGCUUUCAUUCCCUUCGGCGACAUUAAAGACGUUAAGACGCCGUUAGAUCAAGCCACCCAAAAGCACCGCUCUUUCGGCUUCGUUACUUUCCUCGAGAGAGAAGAUGCCGCCGCCGCAAUGGAUAAUAUGGACGGAGCUGAACUUUACGGCCGUGUUCUCACCGUCAAUUACGCCCUCCCCGAACGUAUUAAGGGUGGUGAACAGGGUUGGGCCGCCCAGCCCAUUUGGGCGGAUGCUGACACAUGGUUCGAAAGACAGCAGCAGGAAGAGGAAAUGCAGAGGCUUCAAGCAGAGCAUCGAGCUGCAAUGCAGGCUGCAGAAGAAUUACACAGGAAAAAGAUGGCUGAUGAGCGAGAAGGUGAGAAGGAAGAAGAGACAGAUAUUGUGAAUGAUCCCAUGCGGAAAGCUGAAGAGGAGGCUUUGAUGCAGAAUAGUUAGUUUCCAUGAAGAACACGGAUACCGUAGCUUAAGCAGUUAUAUGUAGAGGGGAGAAUGUUUAGGCUUUGGGUCGGUGAGAACUAUUGCAUCCUAACAACUUGAUGCUUUGUAGUUGCUAAACUUUGUUUUGGAAACUGGAGAAUGAAUACUUAUUUCAGCACGCCUGUUUGUGGGGAUGGCAAUGAGUAGGGUAAAGCCUGAUAUAUGUGAUACAUAUCCUAUUGUUAAUCCAGAUUGCUGAGUUAUCCGUU